UACAUGUUAUGAGACGAGACGUUUGAUAGAUAUGUUUAGUAGUUUAAACGAUGGCUAUAUAUCGAUAGGAAGUGAUCUGGUGGCACCAUGAAACAGUUAUGGCAUCAGAUGGUAGUUCACGUUAAACCAUUAUACGUUGAUAGUGCUCAAUGACAGGAUAAUUUUUAUGAGUCUCUCGCACUCCCUUACUCUAAAAGUGGGCUCGGUCAUGGAUUUUCCAGAAGAUUUUAACCAGCUUGACUUGCUGGAGUCUCAUGGCCACAUUAUCCCAGUAGGGACAAAGAGCGGCUGGGUGGAUGAGGAGGAAGGAGAUGAUGAUGAAACCUGCCACACUGAGGAAUGGUAUCAGCAGCAGGAGUUUAAAUUACAAGACACUCCAACCGAACUGAUAUUAUGGGCCGCUGAGAGGAACAGAUUAGCCACAGUAGAACAUCUGCUUGCUUUGGACCCAACACUUGCCAGUUGUCAUGAUAGUGAUGGUUACACCCCUCUACACCGUGCUGCUUACAGUGGCCAUUAUGCUGUGGUCUCUGCUCUUUUGAAUGCUGGAGCGAAUCUUCAUGCAAGAACUACUGAUGGUUGGAUGCCACUACAUAGUGCCUGCCGCUGGGGUCAUGCCACUGUAGCUUCCUGUCUUUUGAAUUGGGGGGCAGAGGUCAAUGCCAUGACAGCAGGGCGACUCACACCCCUACAACUGGCUGCUGGAAAUACUACAGCUGGGCAGACAAUUGAGCUACUGCUGUCACAGCGCACCCUACAAGCAGGACUGAAAAACAGUGCAGGAGAGACUGCCUAUGACAUUGCACAUCGCACAAGUGAACAUCACAGGUUGUUUGAGAUGGCAGAGCCUUGUAAUAAUAUAUACUGACACACAUUUGUGCAAAGGGGUUAAAUUGUGACGUUGAGCUUAAAAAUGUGUCUUAUUAAUAAAUGUAGAUGUGAUACUACUGUGUUUUUCUAUAAAUAAUAGAGGAGUUUGACAUUUAAAAAGACACAAGAACUGGUCAUCAGCAUGCAGGUAAUAAGCAGAUGUUCACAACAAUGUGUAAUUAUAAUCACUGAAAAUUUUAAGCAUGCCUUUGCAUGUGUAUCAAUGUUUGCUGUAUUUAAAAUCACAGCUCCACGCACAGCAUUCUGAAGAUGAGAACAUGUUCCUGCUGUUAUUAUUAAUUAUUAUUAAGUAAACUCCUUUUUUUUUUUUUUUUCUUUUUAAACUUUUUAAAAUAAUUUUGCUGUUCUUUUUGUUUUUUUGCAAUGUGACAAAUGAAUUUUAAAAGUACAAAUAAUCCCUGUAGUCUUUACAAGAAUACUACAUAUAUAUAUAUAUAUAUAUAUAUAUAUAUAUAUAUACACACACACACACACACACACACACACAUCUAUAUCCAUAUACAGGUGCAUCUAAAAAAAUUAGAAUAUUGUGAAAAAGUUCUUUUUCAAAAACUGAAACUUUCAUAUAUUCUAGAUUCAUUACAUAAAAGUAAAACAUUGCAAAAGUUUUUUUUUUGUUUUCUUUUCAUUUUGAUGAUUAGAGCUUAAAGCUCAUAAAAGUCUUUUAUAAGAAAAAAAUGCUUGAAAUUUCAGAAAUCUUUUAAAGAUAUCACUGAACAUUUAUUUUACAAAAGCAGAAGUAAAUUUUUGGCUGAAGUACAUUUUUCAUCAGUUUUUAGGUGAAUAAACAAGGACAGUCAAUAUUUCAGAAGUAUUUAUUUCAAGUUUAUUUCAAGAAAGGUAAAGCAUUUUGGCUCAUUUACAUGUCUCCUAUUCUGUGAGAGCUGUGUGGAGGGAGGGGAGUGUUGUGACUCUGUGUUUUUCUGAAUAUCUAAAUGUGUUUCUUCAUCUAUUUGCCCACAUUGUUUUGAAUUAUGCUGUAUAGCUGUGUUUUGUGAUCAGGGCCGCUCCAAGCAUGGUUGCAAUGUGUUCAUUGUCAAACUCCAAAAUUGGAUUAUCUUUAAUUCUUAAAAAACGCCAUUAUUUUAUUUGAAAAAGUCAAUAUAAUUUUAUUUAAUUAACAAAAUAUUUAAGUUUGCCUUGUAAUAUCUUUUUCAUUAGACCAGAUAACAUUUUAAGUUGUCAUAUGCUCACAUUACAAGGUGCCCUUUAGAAUUUACAAUGUUCCCCCCCUACGGGGCAUGUUGUCAGAGUUCACUUACAUUAUUUUGGGGAAAAUAAAUAAAAACAUAUACACUGUAAUUAUGAAACAAAGUGACAUAUUUGUAUUAGACAAGUGUGAAAUAUGAAAUAUUAGAUAAGUGUGGAUAUUUAAAAGUAUACUGUGAACCCCAUGUGGUUUUACACAAACUGAGAAAGUCAGAAAGUGUAAAGUUGUGCCCUGCUCUCCUACUGUUGGUGGUGGAAACGCAAGCUAGAUCGGGUAUAGCUGCCGUCCCAAAUCGCACUGUACUGUACUGUACUGACCCAUACCGCUCAGUGGAAACGAGCCAUUUGUUACAUCAAAAUAAGAUUUAAAAUGGCAUGAAAACAUGAUCUGUGGGAGUUUUUAGUGAGUAAUCAGCUUGGUGAAAUUUAAAGUAAAUCUCCAUGUCUGUGAUUAAUAUUUACUGAACUUUGAUGACUGAUGACCCAGAAAAUUAAAAAAUAGCUAAAAGUUACCUAUUACAAAGAAUGGCUGAAUAGAAGUUCAAAAAUAAAAUAUACUGUUUAAAUUGUUGCUGUUAUUGUUUUAAUAAAUGUAAAAUGCUUA